GCGCUCGGCGGCGGCGGCGGGGCCCCGGGCGCAGAGCGGGUGCCCGGCGCGGAGAGCGGCGAGCGCAGCCAUGCCCCAGGCCGCCUCCGGGGCAGCAGCAGCGGCGGCCGGGGCCGGGGCGCGGGCCGGGGGCGCCGGAGGACCGGCGGCGGCCCGGGAGGGACGAUGAAGCGGCAGAACGUGCGCACGCUGGCGCUCAUCGUGUGCACCUUCACCUACCUGCUGGUGGGCGCCGCGGUCUUCGACGCGCUGGAGUCGGAGCCCGAGAUGAUCGAGCGGCAGCGGCUGGAGCUGCGGCAGCAGGAGCUGCGGGCGCGCUACAACCUCAGCCAGGGCGGCUACGAGGAGCUCGAGCGCGUUGUGCUGCGCCUCAAGCCGCACAAGGCCGGCGUGCAGUGGCGCUUCGCCGGCUCCUUCUACUUCGCCAUCACCGUCAUCACCACCAUCGGCUACGGGCACGCAGCGCCCAGCACGGAUGGCGGCAAGGUGUUCUGCAUGUUCUACGCGCUGCUGGGCAUCCCGCUCACGCUGGUCAUGUUCCAGAGCCUGGGCGAGCGCAUCAACACCUUCGUGAGGUACCUGCUGCACCGGGCCAAGAAGGGGCUGGGCAUGCGGCGCGCAGACGUGUCCAUGGCCAACAUGGUGCUCAUCGGCUUCUUCUCGUGCGUCAGCACGCUGUGCGUCGGCGCCGCAGCCUUCUCCUACUACGAGCACUGGACCUUCUUCCAGGCCUACUACUACUGCUUCAUCACGCUCACCACCAUCGGCUUCGGCGACUACGUGGCGCUGCAGAAGGACCAGGCGCUGCAGACGCAGCCGCAGUACGUGGCCUUCAGCUUCGUCUACAUCCUCACCGGCCUCACGGUCAUCGGCGCCUUCCUCAACCUCGUGGUGCUGCGCUUCAUGACCAUGAAUGCCGAGGACGAGAAACGCGACGCCGAGCACCGCGCGCUGCUCACGCGCAACGGGCAGGUGGUCGGCUGCGGCGGCGGCGGGGGCGGUGGGGGCGGCAGCGCGCACACCACGGACACCGCCUCGUCCACGGCGGCGGCAGGCGGCGGCUUCCGCAACGUCUACGCCGAGGUGCUGCACUUCCAGUCCAUGUGCUCGUGCCUCUGGUACAAAAGCCGCGAGAAGCUGCAGUACUCCAUCCCCAUGAUCAUCCCGCGGGACCUCUCCACGUCUGACACGUGCGUCGAGCACAGCCACUCGUCGCCAGGAGUGGGCGGGCGCUACAGCGACACGCCAUCGCGCCGCUGCCUCUGCAGUGGGGCACCUCGCUCCGCCAUCAGCUCGGUGUCCACGGGCCUGCACAGCCUGUCCACCUUCCGCAGCCUCAUGAAGCGCAGGAGUUCCGUGUGAACGCCCCGAAGGGGCCUCGAGCGCCUGGGGGCGCUGGCUGGGGCUCCAGCUGGGAGGGGGGGAGUAGCAGGGGUCUGCCAGGAAGCCCGCCCCAGCCGCCUUCGACCCAGUGGGACUCCCCCAACACCCCUCACCACUCCCUCUCUCAGCCCCCAUCUCCGACUGUGCCUGCUUGCACCAGCUGGCAGGAGGCCGGGCUCUGAGGACCCCUGGAGCCCCCAUCCGAGCCCUGAAAAUUCCGAGAAAUGUGAAACUUGGGGGGUUGGGAGGAGGGCAGAAGCUGGGAGCCUCCUAUCCCUUUGGAAACCUAAGAAGCUCCCCAGUCCUCAGAGACCCUGCUGGUACCCAGACCCCCACCUCCAGAGGGGACUUCAUGUUCCAUGUACGUUUGCAUCUCUAUUUAUACCUCUGUCCUGCCAGGUCUCUCACCUUCCCUUGGCUCCAAAAGCCAAGGUGUCUUUGUCCAGGUCACCCCUACUCAGUCACACUCCCCUUCCCCAUCCCCUGCUGUGUCACCCAACCUCCCACUACCUUUGUGGUGUUUUGCAUGGCUUUGCAAUUAUGGAGAAAGUGGACACCCAGAAGUCCCUAAAGUUAGUCCCCAGAGGGCAGACAGAAAAAAGGUAGGACAGGCAGGCAGCAGGAGGGGCCAAGGGUGAGGGGAGUGGAGGAGGCAGUGGCCCCCCAGUCUGCAUGGUCACACUGGUAGGUGAGAGCUAACUGGCCUUUGGCCUCAUUCUCAUAGGGGUUGGGGGGACUUCAGCCUUCCAGACACUGCCCCUGGAUUUUGAAACAGACUUGCCAUCCCCUAACUACCACUCUUAAAUUCGUGAAGUGAAUUUUGGCCUCCAAACUCUGUCCUGGCUAUUUAUUUGAGUCUCACAAUAUCCAAUUAGGUCCCCAGAGCAGGAAUCGUUAUUGCCAUUUUACCGAUGAGAACACUGGGGCCCAGACAGGUGAAGUGACUUGCUCAAGGUAAUACAGAUAGUAAAAAGCAAAGGGGAACAAGAACCCAGCCUGUUCUUUUGUACUCUUUCCUUCCAGCUCAACCUGCUCUUGAAAGCAAAGUUCCUGUCCUGAGCACCUUGGCAUUGUGUGGGUAGAUGAGACUUGAACCAGAACCAAAAGCCCAGGGCUGGGCCGCUGCUGAGGCACAGCCUCUUCCACUCCUGGCCAAGAGACAAGGCCCUGAAUGCGUCCUUGAGGUGGCAUGGGGGCCUUUGUCUCUGGGCUGCCUGGUUACAAACAGUCCUUGGGACCAAGGUAAGCAGGGCUGGAGUCUCAUGAAAGAAAGGCCAGGAACUGGGCCUCUAAGAGUUGGCAGGGUGGCUAAGCCAGCAGGCACAUCCUAUGGGACAUCAUCCCUGGACCCACAGCCAGUGUUGGUGCUUGUGUCCCUAGUAGCUAGAGAUAAGCUGAGGCUGCAUCGAGGAAUAGCCCUCCCAGGUGGGGGAGGUUUUGGACUUGGUGUGCCCUCUGCCCACCCCAUCUGCAACCCAGAACCCAGAUGAAGUGCAGCAGAUGGAGGUGAUAUCUGAGGCUCAUUACUGGCAACCCACAGGUAAAGCUGGUAUAGUGACGAGGACAGCAUCAGGGGCAGAUGAGGGACCUCUCCUCCCGAAGUACUGCCCUCCCAUGCUGUGCCCUAACACUGCCGAGCAACUCCAGCCCUGGCAUUCAGGCAAGCUGGAGGGAGAGGCCUGCAGGGUGGCCAGGUUCAGGCCACCCCAACUAUGUCUUGAAGUCUCUGCAGACCCCUGGGGGCAAGAAGUCUAGCCUAUGUGUGAGUCCCGUCUCAGUGUGGAGGAGCUGGCUGCCUACAUGCCAGGAGAGCAGGACCUACACCUAGGGGUGCCCUCUGUGUUUAUGUUGGGGUGGAAGGCAGUGUUGGCUGCCUCUGUCCUGUGUGUGACCCUGCCCUCGAAGGGUCCUGUCCCGUCAUUCCCGAGGGAGCCACAACCAAAGUUGCAGAGAGAUGGUGAGGAAGGAGACAGAAUGGCCCCAGGGCAGAGCGUAGCAGACUGCUCAUUCUCCAAUGGGUCUUUCCUAGGGAACUGGAAGGCCAGUGUCACUUCUCCCCUCACCCCCUCCCACUGCAGGCAGACUCUCUGCUUCCCCAAUGCCUUAUGCCUGGGCACACUGCCACAAAAUAUGCAAUAUGUGUGGGUGACAUGCCCCUGCACCCACACCUCUACCCCGGGCAGCCCCUGGACUUCAAAGGCUGCGGCUGCCAAGGCCUACCCUCAGCAUCUCCUGCCUAUCUGUCUUCACACUGAGAAUGGCGCCUAAUAAAUGCUGUCCACAGAGACCUG